UGGUUUAGUUGUGGUUGAGUUGUGGUUGUGUUGGGUUUGGGUUGGGUUGUGGUUGAUUUGUGGUUGUGUUGGGAUUGGGUUGUGGUUGUGUUGUGGUGAUGCAGUACCAUAGUGGCGUCAGUCUGCCCCUGCUGGGCCGGCCCCGGUACUGCCCAGGUGCCAGCUCCAAUGGAGGAUAUCUCUGUGAAACUGGACACUGCUGUGGAGAAACAGGCUGCUGCACGUAUUACUACGAACUCUGGUGGUUCUGGCUGCUGUGGACGGUUCUGAUCCUGUUCAGUUGCUGCUGCGCGUACCGACACCGCCGGGCCAAACUCAGAGUCCAACAGCAGCAGAGACAGAGAGAGAUCAACCUGCUGGCCUAUCAUGGAGCCACCUCCUACUCCUCCUCCAUGCUGGACCUCAGUUUCCUGGCGUCCCUGAAGCUUCCGUCCUAUGAGGAGGUCGCCGCCCAGCCCUCCACGCCUCCUCCCCCAUACAGCACGGUGUUCGCUGCCCACGGCGGCGCUGCCCGCUACCCCCAGCCGCCCCACCACCCCCCCGGACCACAGCCCCAUCCUGGCCCCAGCGCCAGCGCUGCACCCUCGUCCUUCAGCUCUGACAACAGCUCCAGCUGCUCCUGUGAGUCCUGCUGCCCCUCCUCCCCCUGUAGCUCUUCCCUCUCCGCCCCCGUGACCUACGAGACGGACACCAGCCGUGCCUCCACCCCCAGUGACGCUCCACCCACAAUGUUGUCCGAGUAUGCAACUGCCACUGUUGUGAUGGAGACAGUUGUCACAGAAACGCCAGAGACGGUUGUCACAGUAACUUCAGAGACAGGUGCAGAAGGUGCUAACAGCAGUAGGACAGCUGUUGUUGCUGAGGCAUUGAUUGUUGCCACGGUAAUCUCUGAGGACGUCAGCCCCGGACAGUCUCCUGACUCUGUACUGGUGGACUACAUUCUGGAUGCUUCCAUGGAAACCGUUACUGUGGAGACUGAGGCCAGUGGUGUAGCUUCUCCAACUACUCCCAUGCUCACAGAACAGCCUCUAGUUGCCACACCAACAGAAAGUCCUCUAGUUGGCACGUCAACAGAACAGCCUAUUGUUCCCACGCCAACAGAACAUCCUCUUGUUGCCACACCUACAGAACAUCCUUUAGUUGCCACACCAACAGAAUCUCCUAUUGCUGGGACUGUCAGCCCUGGUCACAACAAACUCCUUACUACAGGCCCUGUCUCUGUGUCAACCUCACACUCUGUCCUGGACUCUGGAAUAACAGACCCUGUCUCAACCACACACUCUGGAAUAACUACAGACUCUUUCCCAACCCCAUAUUCUGUCCUGGACUCUGGAAUAACUACAGACCCUGUUUCAACCCCACACCCUGGAUUAACGACAGAGCCUGUCUCAGUCUCAACCCCACACUCUGGAAUAACUACAGACCGUGUUUCAACCCCACACCCUGGAUUAACGACAGAGCCUGUCUCAGUCUCAACCCCACACUCUGGAAUAACUACAGACCCUGUUUCAACCCCACACUCUGGAAUAACGACAGACCCUGUCCCGGUCUCAACCCCACACUCUGGAAUAACUACAGACCCUGUCCCGGUCUCAACCCCACACUCUGGAAUAACUACAGACCCUGUCCCGGUCUCAACCCCACACUCUGGAAUAACGACAGACCCUGUCCCGGUCUCAACUCCACACUCUGGAAUAACUACAGACCCUGUCCCGGUCUCAACCCCACACUCUGGAAUAACUACAGACCCUGUCCCGGUCUCAACCCCACACUCUGGAAUAACUACAGACCCAGUUUCAACCCCACACUCUGGAAUAACUACAGACCCUGUUUCAACUCCACACUCUGGAGUAACGACAGAGCCUGUCUCAGUAUCAACCCCACACUCUUCCCUGGACUCUGGUGUUACUACAGACCCUAUCUCUGCCCCCACUGUGACCCCUGUAACCCCGACCAUGACCCUGACCUCUCCAGCUCCAGUCUCUUCUAGAGUUCUAGACUCAGCUGUGAUCUCCCCAUCCUCUCCUCCUCUGUCAUCCCCCUCCUUUCCACCUCUCUCCUCCCCCUCCUCUUCUCCUGUCUCCUCCCCUCCUAAUCCUCCUCAUUCUGUGCCCACCCAGUCGCCCCCAAAGCAGACACUCUUCUCCCCUUGUGUGGAUGUGUACCAGCCUGGCCCCCAUACUUGGAGGAGUGAUGAAGAGGAGGAGGAGGAGGUGAGUGCAGACGAGAGCCAGUACCGCCACCGUCGUUUAACUGGGGACUCGGGCAUUGAAGUGUGUCGCUGGCACUUAGAACGGGGCGUCAUCCUGGGAGGAAUGGGACAUCAUCCUGUGAGGAAUGGGACAUCAUCCUGGGAGGAAUGGGACAUCAUCCUGGGAGGAAUGGGACAUCAUCCUGGGAGGAAUGGGACAUCAUCCUGUGAGGGAUGGGACAUCAUCCUGUGA